AAUUAGUGAUUUACAUUCUUAAAACCAGAUCUAAAUACAACCUAGCACUUACUUACUGAUGUAAACAAGUUCUCAUAAGGUCAUGUCACAUUUAUUUUAGGUGAUGAAUUGUGGCAUUUUCAGAAUGACAUGUUACAUCAUCACUAGGUGAAAUUUACAUAACAUUUGUGAAGAAGCACAUUGGGGGUUCCUCUCAUGUUGAUGUGUUUGGAGCCCCACGGGGGAACCUCAGCCCCGUGGCCACAGCGGGACCCAGCGGGGAGCCUAAUGAAACGUGCCUCCCUGUGGAAACACGGCUGUUGGUGGCCAACCUAUUCACUCAGGCUGCGAUGUGGAGGUCAGUCGCGCAUCAGAGCAACGUGCGGCGCACUCCUCCUACCGAAAAAUCCCAGUUUUUGCAGCCUUUGUCCUUCAGAGACGCUGAACGGGAUUUCGCAUUGUACUCCAGCGCCGCAUCCCGAGAGUCACGUCCCGCUGCGCGGACCCAUUUUUCGGGUGACAGGUGUCCCGGUGCAGCAACGUCCGGAAUACAACUACUGCUUUCAGCUGGACUGUUGCAUUACGGUUUCUCUGCAGCAAGCUCGGCUUGGAGCGGUGUCAUGCUCAACUAUCAGUAUUGAGGAGGUUAGACUCCCAGUCAAAGGAGGUUCAUAGCCACAGGCAUAUCACCCACCCUCCUCCUCUCUGCUGGAAAGAGUUGUCCGUCUGCCUGCAGUCGUCUAAAGCACCAUUGAAGACAGACAGCAAGCGUAGGGGGUUCUCCCUGUGAGAGAGUGAGUGUGUGUGUGUGUGUGUGUGUGUGUGUGUGUUGGUGGCUUUAUAGUUCAACACCCCCAGCCCUUCUCUUUGUGUGUGUUUGCGUUUGUGCAGUGAUGUGUGGCCUAAGAGAAGCACUUUAAGUCAGCAAAACGGGAUCCAGCCCAUGAGUCUCUCAGUGCGCUGAGCCGUUGACCAGGCUAUGAAGGAGAGCUGCUCCAAACUAGGCUGAGUUGAGCAAGAGCAGGACGAUCUGUGCGAGGAGCAGUCAGCCAUGGGACUCGGACAGUCCAGCAAGACCCCGGUCACUGACGACACGGAUGAGGUCAAUUUUGACCAUUUCCAAAUCUUGAGGGCUAUCGGAAAAGGGAGUUUUGGAAAGGUUUGCAUCGUGCAGAAGAAGGACACCAAGAAGAUGUACGCCAUGAAGUACAUGAACAAGCUGAAAUGUGUGGAACGCAACGAAGUGAGAAAUGUCCUGAAAGAGCUGCAGAUCAUGCAGAACCUCGAGCAUCCCUUCCUGGUCAACUUCUGGUAUUCAUUUCAGGAUGAAGAGGACAUGUUUAUGGUGGUGGACCUGCUCCUGGGGGGAGACUUGCGGUAUCACCUUCAGCAGAACGUCCACUUUUCAGAAAGCACAGUGAAGCUGUACAUCUGUGAGCUGGCCUUGGCUUUGGGUUACCUUCGCAGCAAGCACAUCAUACACAGAGACAUCAAACCUGACAACAUACUUCUGGAUGAGCACGGCCAUGUCCAUCUGACGGACUUCAACAUCGCAGCCAUUGUAAAAGAAGACCUGAAGGCAACAUCAAUCGCUGGAACCAAACCAUACAUGGCUCCUGAGCUGUUCCAGAGCUUCGAAGGAUCCCACCCUGGAUACUCCUUCUCUGUUGACUGGUGGUCUCUGGGGAUUGCAGCCUAUGAGCUACUGAGAGGACAGAGACCAUAUGUGAUGAGAUCCAACACACAAUCUAAUGAGAUUCUACAAAUGUUCCACAAAGUCCAUCCAACUUACCCAGCAGCCUGGUCUCUGGAAAUGAAGUCUCUACUCAGAAAGUUGCUGUGCAUAGAUGUCCAGAAGCGCAUAUCCUGUCUCGCAGAGCUCCAAGAUCUGGAUUACAUGUCUGACGUCAACUGGGAUGCAGUUCUCAACAAACAGCUUCCUCCAGGCUUUAUUCCUAAUAGACGGAGACUAAACUGUGACCCCACCUUUGAGCUGGAGGAAAUGAUCCUGGAGUCCAAACCACUUCAUAAGAAGAAGAAAAGACUCGCUAGAAAGACCAGGGAGCAGGGAUCCGACGGAUCCCCGCAGGUAAACGCGUUCUGAUGGAGUCCAGAAUGAAUCCAAACCACUGGACACACUUCUGUCUGACAUCUUAUUUUCCAACAUUUGCUGAUAUUUGUUUCUAUCAAUCAAAGAUGAUACUGUCUAUAAAUAUCUGCUGUGUUUGUGCAACGCUUUAACAUAUCCAUUUACCAAAGGCCUGUGGGGCCACUUAUGAAGGAUGGAACUUAAGUCAGAAACAAAAGAAAGACAGUGUGUGUGUGUUGUCUGUGUGUGAAGAGCGAGCGAGAUGCCAGCUGAAGUCUGGUGGAUCAAUACGGAAUAAAAAGUUGCCCUUAUGCCUGUCCCAGCAUGCUUUUUGCACAUUGCCCUGCAGCUGCUCUAUAUUCUGUCUAGAUCUCUCUUGUUUCUUCUCAUCUUCAUCGUCUUCCUUUCAUCCUUUGUUCUUUCAUUGUCUUGAGACUCCCUCAACAAUUCUGUCAACUAUUGGCGCCUUGUGCUUUUCAGUUCCAGUAAGUGUUCGUUCCUCGUGUUGUUUUCAUUUCCGAAACUAAUGCAUUGUGCUACAUCUGUGCUGCUUAUGUUGCCUCACCUAAUUGACAAAAAUAAGAGAAUUCAUCAGUUUUGCUGUCAUUUCAC